CCACCACGCCCCUCUCCAUGGAGAUCCUGUAGCUGAAGUGUGCGCACGUGAGUUCUUUCUUUCCACGUUUGUUUGAAGAGUCAAGGGCAGCAUGGGUCGUGUGAGGACCAAGACCGUGAAGAAGGCCUCCAGGGUCAUUAUUGAGAAGUACUACCCCAAGCUUACAUUGGACUUUCAUACCAACAAGCGUGUGUGUGAAGAGAUAGCUAUCAUUCCAACCAAACGGCUACGAAACAAGAUUGCUGGGUUUGUAACUCACUUGAUGAAGCGUAUUCAGAAGGGUCCAGUUCGUGGAAUAUCCAUCAGACUACAAGAAGAAGAGAGAGAGCGAAGAGACAACUAUGUCCCUGAUGUGUCUGAUCUUGAGAAAGACAUCAUCGAGAUAGACCCAGAGACUAAGGAAAUGCUCAAAUCACUGGAGUUUGGCAACAUCCAAAACCUCCAAGUGCUUGCUCCAGUGCAAGGAGGAGGAGCUGGCUUUAACAACAGAGGAGGAGGUGCCUUUACUAAUAAUAGAGCUGGUGGAGGCGGAUACAACAGGCGUUAGAGACACUUUAUGAUCUAAACAUGUGUUGUGUUUUGUACUGGUUUAAUGUGCAAUGAGAAUAGAUGUUGAUGCCAGUUAAUUUUUGCUGA